AUUCAAAACAAUUCCCGUGAAAAGCUUAACACACUGACACCUCUCUAUUUUCUCCUCUUUCUUUGUGUUGUAUGUACUCUCUUUUUUCAUCCAUUAAAAAGCUACUAAAGCUUACAUUAUUUGUUACUUUUUUUCUUUAUUUGCUCUCCCCUUUGAAUUUAGCACCAAUUUUCAGUAUGGGAAAUGUCUCUAUGUUUUGUGUGUUUUUCUUCAUUCUUGGAAGUCUAAUCUUUCAACUUUCUCAAAGUACAACUGUAGUAGUUGAUGGAGUUUCACUAUGGAAAAAUCCAAUUGUCCACAUUGAUGAUUCCAUUAUUUUUCAGCAUAAGUAUGAGUAUAAUGUGUACAUUUUCAAGAAUCAGAAUGCCUUCAAUGCCUGCAAUUUCACUCAAGCUACACUUCUUACUAAAUCUGAUUCCAAGUCUUAUACUUGGCAUCCAUCAAGGCAGGGUAUUUUUUACUUCUCAUUCAACAAUGGGUCAAAUGCAGCAUGUUUACAAGGCCAAAAACUAGCAAUUAAGGUAUCUCUUCCAACUCCGGCAGCAAGUCCUGCCUACUCGCCGGAAAAGCCACCGGUGGGAGCUCCACCGGUGAUAUCCGGCGGCGUUGUGUCAUCUUCUCCGGCAUACCCAUGGCCGUUUCAGCCCCGAGAAGCCACUUCCCCUAGCCCUUCACCGAUUGCUCUGUUACCGGCAAAUGGGCCAACGGUGCCGGAAAAAGGAGAUGAAAUUCCGUUUAUUAACAGUAAUCCGGCGGUUCCUUUGCCAACUGGUGAAGUUGACUCUGCCACUAUCCGCCCUUUGCCAACUUCCGGUUCUAAUCACCAGGUUGUGGGGUUUUCAGCAAUUCAAAGAAGUGUGUGCUUUGCAAUUUUCUUAAUGAUGCUUUAGACAAUGCAAAAAGGAGAAAGAGAAAAGUUUGGAAUGUAAAAAAGAGAGAUUCCACUGUUUGGGAUGUAGUUUUGAAUCUUAAGUAGCAUUAAAAGGGGCUGAUUAUCAUCUCUAAUGUUGCUAUCCUUUGAUCCUACUUUGACAUUAGUUUAGUUUUGGCACCUUCCUUCGUCUUAAAUUAUUUAUCGUAAUUAUUAAAAUCAAUUAUAUUCAAAUUAUUUGCCAUUUUGGA